AUGCUGUUGAAGUCUGUUACGUUCUGUUUCUUAGUGCUGGCCUGCGCUAUAUUCGCGCCAGCCGCAUCUACAUCUAACUACCAUCAUUAUUGUCCGCAAUGUGAAGAGGAAGUGUGGGAGGAGGUGCCAUGUGAAGAGGUCGCUACUACUAGUAGACCUAGUACAACCACUACUGCAAGGCCACAACCGUCCACUACACGGAGACCACAUACAACGGCGCAUCCACCAGUUAAGAAAACGACAACAACAAAACCGCGUGUAGCACAGUACAUCACCCCUACACCGCCGGUCACAACGACAGCCGCUACAACUUACAACAAUUGCUAUUGUGAAUGUAAAGGGGGCUGUAAGGAGUUCUGCCGCAAGGUGACGGUAAAUGGCGCAGCACAAGCAACACAAAAACAAAUAACACAAGUUACAAAGACAACACAACGUGUACCGAAUGGUCAGCUCAAUUCGGAACACGUGCACCAGCUUAAAUUUGUGCCAGACUCACAAACCACAUACACACCGGUACAACCGUCAACGCAGUCCAGCCUUCCCCCCGCUAUUUAUCCUAUACAUAGGAAUAAAGAGUUGAUAAAUCCAUACCUUAAUACAAAUUUGGCGUAUAAAGUUCAACCAGCAAUGCUGCCACAAUCGGGACCGCCUAUACAAUCGCAGCCAGUAGCAAUCGCUUACCCUCAACCUGCACAAAACUUAUAUGAAGAUCCCCAGGUUACGAAUAUCUAUCCGGAUGCUUUAUUAGAAUCGAGUUAUUCUGUUGAUGAGUUGACUCGUCUUUUGCAAAUGGAACAUCUUAAUAAUGCGGCUACCAACAGCUACACACAAUCCAUCAACGGACCUUCAUAUGCCAUACAUGGCAGCUUCCCUCAAACUCCUCCAUCUACCGCACCAAUUUAUCAACCACACUCGCUGUCUUAUGGCAUCCCAACGUCUGCGGCUGAGUCGAAUUACGAAAGUAAUUCUUCGGAGUCUCAAUAUAAAGAAGACAGAUUAGAUAUCAGAUCACAGAGCUAUGCCUCACCAUUGCUGCCAGCGUCGGAACCACAGUAUGCAAACUAUGUCCAUAAAAUGGAUUUGAGUGAAUCACAAUUUUAUACUGUGGCGUCUCCUUCAUUACCAUCUCAGCAAGCAGGCUAUGAUCAACUCAGUUCAAGUACCGUGGGUUGUCACAACACAUAUGAUGAUCAUAGCACAAAAUUUCUGAAUUCAAUUUCUUAUGGUACAGAAUAUGCACCACCACCAUUGGAUUAUAUUCCACAAUCGGAGCUUUAUUUGCCAUCAUACUAA